AUGAGUAAACCUAUGAGUGGAGCACAAAAGCGCAAAAAAAAAAUAGAACAAAAAUUGAAAGAUGCUAAACUGCCCAAAUUAGACAGUUUUUUAAAAAAUACAGUUGAAUCUACUUCGGAAAAUCCUACUAUAACUACAUCUGUUUUUGAAAUACCACAUGAAAACUCCGAAAAAAAUAACGUUAUCGAUAUUUGUCAAAAUAUGAACAAUACUGAUGAUUGUGAUAUAUUGUUAAGUAAAAAUAUGACGAUCAUUUGCACAAAACAGUAUCCUACUGAUAUAGCUAAUUAUAUACAAAAUUCAGUUCUGAGACAUCUGAGUGUAGAAGAUAAACAAUUUAUUGUUGAACAUGGUCCUUGUAGACCAAGUGGUCCUUUCAGUCGUAAUGCGGUUGGACGAUGUUUUGACGAAUCAUUUUAUUACACCGUAUCAAAAGCUGGACUGCGUAUUUCACGAUCGUGGCUUUGUUAUUCACCGGAGCUCCAUAAAUGUUACUGUCAACCUUGUUGGCUUUUUGGAGACAAUAAUAUUAAGCACCAAGAAUGGAUACGAGGAUUUAACGAUUGGGCCCAUACAUCACGAGGAAUUGAAAGACAUGAAAAAUCUAUACCUCAUAAAAUGGCAUGCAUGGCUUUUUAUUCAUUUCAAAAUCAUAACACAGUAAACGAAAAUCAAGAAAAGCAAAUCAGAGAUGAAGCAAAUUAUUGGAAACUGGUAUUGGAUAGAAUUAUAGCUACAACGUUAACACUCGCAACUGAAGAUAUUCCAUUUCGUGGCCACCGAGAAAAUAAUGAGACAGAAAGCAAAGGUAAAUUUUUAGCGAUAAUCGAAUUGUUAGGUAAAUACGACCCGGUACUUACAGAAUUACUCCAAAGACCUAAAGGAACCAUAAAAUAUUUAAGUCCGGCAAUUCAGAAUGAAAUAAUUACAGCACUAGGAGAUAAAGUUAAAUAUGAUAUUUUACUAGAAAUAAGAAAAGCUCCAUUUUUCAGCUAUAUUUCUGACUCAACACAAGACAUAUCCAAAAUUGAUCAACAAAGCCAUAUAUUUCGUUAUGUAAAUGUGAUGUAUGAUAAAGAAAAUAAACCAGUUGACAUAGUUAUACAUGAAAGUUUCAUUGGAUUUGAAAUUAUGGAGGGCCAAACGAGUAGUGAAAUGGAACAGCAACUAUACAAUAAUUUUGAAAAAAAUAAAAUUGAUAUUAAAAAGUUAAGAGGGAUUGGAUUUGAUGGAGCUGCUAACAUGAGUGGUGUUUAUAGUGGAUUACAAGCACGUAUCAAACACACUCAGCCACUUGCAUUAUACGUGCAUUGCGCCGCUCACAAUUUAAAUCUUGUAAUUAAUGACUCGGUUAAAAAUAUUACUGAAAUUCAAAAUUUUUAUGAAAAACUUGAAUGCCUUUAUUCAUAUUUUGCAAAUAGUAUUAAAAGGGAGUGGGCCAGUGAUGGUGGUUUAAUAGUUGAUACCGAUGAUUAUAAAGAUGUAUCCAGUAAUUUGGAUGAAUACUCAGAUUUUUCUUAUGAUCAAACAAAUGGUAUGGAUUGGUAUUUUCCUGAAGUUCUUGAGUUAUGUCAAAACAGUCAAUGGUUAUUGGAUGAAAAUAAUUUUUCAUUAAAUGAAUCAUCUGUUUCUGAGAUUUGUAAUAUGCUCAAAAAUAAAAUUCUUUGCGAAUUUCAAACAGAAAUAUUUUUACAGCAUCCAUUAAUUAUUCAGAAAUUAAUUAAAUGGCUGAAUGAAAAUAAAGAAAAAGAGUUAAUACUGGAAUGUCUAAUUUAUUUGGUAGAAAAAUUAAUAAGAAGACACCAUGAAUGUACUACCGGUUUAUGUGAAAACAAUGAAAGUAUAAAUUCAAAUUAUGAUUCUAAUUCUCAUAUUUCGAUAAGAGGAACGUAUAGUGAAUCUACAACUAAUGAUGAAAUUUCACGCUGGGGUAUUGCCAAAUUUUGUGUUUUACUGAUGCCGGUACUAUUGAAACAUGUUAGCCUUAAUAGUGGCGGAGCUUUCUCUUUGUUUAUGUCCAGCAUGCAUCUUUUAUCAUCUAUAUCUAACAGUUGUAACAUUAAUUUUUACAUAGAUUUAGUAUUUUCUGAUUAUACAAUAAAAAAUAUACUAUUAAAUGAACCUCUAUCUUCACUUAAGUUUUUAAUUAUUGCUAAGGAAAUACUAAAACAUGGUUCACCUAAUGAGCAAUUUAAAGUAAUAAUUUGUGACAUACUUAAGCAACCAUAUUGGAUUCAUCUUUAUCCUGAAUUGUACCACCAACUGUACAAAAAAGUUAUUAAUGAAGAACUGUUAGAACAACAAAUUAUCAAAAGGGUUGAAGAUGCAUAUAUUUUAUCAUCCACUUCCAACUUGGAUAUAACACAAUAUGCAAAUUUAUUUAAAAGUUCAUUACCUAUUAUAUGUUUCCAUAAACAAUUUAAUAUAAUUGAUAAAUUUAUUUCAAACACGUGUAAAUAUGCAAAAUUAACAGAAACAACAGAUAAUCAGAAAGAAUACAGCAACAUUUUAUUAAGUUUGCUUUCUUUUAAAUCUAUUGAUGUUGUAUUACACACAUACUUAGCGCUUAAUAAUACACUGAAGAAAAUAUUUAAUCAUUUAAACUUUGAAUCAAAAAAAUUUGACCGGUUAUCAAACAAUUUACUAUGUACUAAUGUGUUAAAUGAAAUUAUAUGUUUUGGCUGUAAUAAUUCAAACAAAGAGAUAUGUCAAUCAGCAUCAGAAAUUAUAGAACAGAUAAUAAAAAACAAAAACAUUAUAAAUAAUAAUCAAUGGAAAUAUUUUUUAAAUAAUUUAGCUCCAAUCUUUCCAGUAUUAUAUUGUUAUGCUGACCAAACAUCUAGUCUGGGCCAAAUUGUUUUGGAUUUGUUUGACCCCGAUCAAGCAGAGAAACUCAAUAUUUCAAAAUUAGUACUACUUCAUUCAACAGUUGCAAUGUUGUUCAGCAAAGAUAAAAAAUCUCGGGUUGAAGCAAAUAAUAGAAUAACAUGGAUUUUUAAAACAUCUCUAAAUAGGAACAUUAAACUGCCAAAUGAUAUUUUUUUAAUGGAAAUUGAUGAAGUAAAUGAACAUGUAGACAAACCUGUUGGUGAAUAUAAUAAAAAGGAUUUAGAUGAUAUGAUAGAUUUAAUAUCUAAUGAAUGCUCAAGUCAUCAAACUAUUAAAUGUGCUUUAUACAAAAUAUCAGUAAUACUUGAACAUAAUCAUCUUCAACAACAUUUUAUUCAUAAUGGAGGAAUGGAUAUUAUAUUAAAUUUACUUAAAUCAUCAAAACUGUUUGUUAAUGAACGUGGCUUGUUAAUUGCAUUAUUAAAAUUAACUUUAUGUUUCACAAAGAAAAAAAAAAUAACUAUUACUGAUCAUAACUUAUUAGCAAAUAAUAUUGAAAUACAACUUCAAUUAAUCGCAGUUCUAUCUGAUUUCCAUGAAGUUCCACUUGUAAAACAGUAUGUGUUCCAAAUUUUUUUUUAUUGUAUUUUCAAUCAAUAUUUAACUUACUUUGGAGAAAUACCAAAAGUAGUUGUGAAUAAAAUAAAUACUCCUAUUAAAUUCAACAAGUACUCUUAUACAACUAAUAAUUCUGAUGAUACUAUGUUAUUUUCAAGAAUUAAAGAGAACCACAAUUGUAUGGAAGUUUUAAUACUAACAUGGCAUUUGAAACAUUAUGAUAGUAUUGAUGUAUUUUUGGAAAAUGGCCUCACUGGAAGCUCACAAAACGAUGUAUUCAACAAUGUUUUUCAACGUUUUAGAAAAGCCUGCAUUAAAUGGUCAGUUAAAAAAUGCUUGGUUGAUUUAAUUGCUGCCCAGUCACAUCAAGUAGCAUUAGCCAUUCUUGAUAAUUUAAAGAGGUAA